AUUCUUCCAUCACGCGAAACGCAAGCGGGUCGUGCGUACACUUUCUCCUUCAACUCGCUUAAAACUGUACUUGGAACGACUCGGCAAGUUAGACAAUUGUGUUGGACUUUUUUACUCGUUGCGGCGCACUGCUUAGCAGUGUAAACGCUGUAACGCCCAGACUACGACCAUGACAUCCCCGAGUGAAGUGAUUGCCAUCGAAGGAGCCGGCGACAGGCGCGGCUCUGACAAUUCAAGAUUCAAAACUAAUUUUAAGCCCAAAAAGCAGUUUAAACAUUACCCUUACUUUGUUGACCCAGCUAUCGUGCCCAGAGUGAAACAGUAUCUGGAAGAUAACAAAGAUAAAGUUUACAUCGAUAUUGAAGAGAUGGUUACAGAAUUGCAACGUAAAUACAGAGACUAUGGAAAGAGAAAACGCUCUGUUUUCAAGGGCUUGGUUGAAAAAGCCUUUUCAGUUGUCUUGAAAACUUACAAUUUGAAUGAUACUUCAAGGGAUGGAGAUGACGCAGAUUCAUCAAGUGUUUCCGAUAUGGAUAUUGAUUCUGAAGAUGUGGAUCUGAUUGUGGAGCCUAACACUAGUAACUCUCAGGUGUUGAAUAUGUACAUGCAGCAGCAAGCUAUGAAGAAACUUACCCCUGCCAAACUUGGAGGUAAUGAAGGGGCUAAAGAGUUGAUUGAUAUCAGUAGUGAUGAUGAUGAAGAACAGGCACCUGCAAAGCGCAGCAAACAUGGAGAAACUGCAGACGUCGCAGAACCAAAUCAAUCCAUUUCUCCUGUUUCCCAACCACUCAAACCAGCUAAUGGACAGGCUACUCCUCAAGAGGUUGCUAUAGCUAUUGAAAAUGGUUCCAACAUUUCUUCUGCAGUGGACAGUGCGUCAUUGAAACCAACUCCUCCAGCUCUUCCUGAGAGACAAAAGCGCAAGAGACCUGUUGUUGAGGGUGGAAGCGGAUCUGCAAGUUCUACAAAUGCCGAUCUUUCAAAGAGAAGGAGAAGAGAAAUUCCAGUUGUGAGACCGAACUGUUCUUUUAAAGAUAUUGGUGGUUGUUCAGCUGUAUUACAGGAAGUUUGUAAGCUGCUAGUCCACCUGCGACAUCCUGAAAUUUUUGAACAGAUAGGUGUAACUCCACCUCGUGGAUUUUUGCUGCAUGGUCCUCCUGGUUGUGGAAAAUCCCUACUUGCAAGUGCCAUUGCUGGUGAACUUGGAGUACCAUUCUUAAAGGUAGCAGCACCAGAACUCAUAGCAGGUGUGUCUGGGGAGUCUGAGGAAAGAAUUCGUGACUUGUUUGAUCAAGCAGUAUCACUAGCCCCAUGUGUUUUAUUCCUCGAUGAGAUUGAUGCUAUAACUCCUAAUCGCAACAACGCUCAACGAGAAAUGGAGCGCCGCAUUGUGGCCCAGCUCCUCACAACUUUGGAUGAACUUGGCGAAAAGGAAGGCGGAAAUCAAGUUUUAGUUGUUGGUGCCACAAACCGUCCAGACUCACUUGACCCUGCAUUGCGUAGGGCAGGUCGUUUUGACCGAGAAGUUUGCAUGGGUAUUCCAGAUAAAGAGGCCAGGGCUCACAUUUUGAGAGUAGUUCUAGGCCGUUUGGCCUUAGCUCCAGAAGUUUCAUCAGAUGCUGGUAUUGAAGAAUUAGCUUCUCUAACUCCAGGAUUUGUGGGUGCGGAUCUGUCUGCCCUAACGACAGAAGCAGCUAUGGUGGCUGUGAAUAGAGUAUUUGUGCAAGUUCAAGAAAAAUCAAACAACAUGAAGGAAACAGCACCUCAACAAGGUCAGGUGUGUGAAAAUGGCAGUACUGAUUCUCCAGAUCAAAAGUGUGAAAACGUAAGCACUGACUCUCAAGCUCAGCCAAUUAAUGAAAGCAGCACUAAUUUAGAAGAAGCUGCCAGUCAAACUGAUAAAAGUACAACAGUUGCUCAUGUCCAGAUGGAUACUAAUGAAGGUCAGACUCAAGAAGCUGCACAAAAAGUUGUUGAAACAUGUGAAACAGGUAAAGAUGCAGAAGUAACCACUACUGAGAAAAUCACAUCAGAGACCAUACUAGAGGAGUUAAUCACAGGUAAAGAAGAGGAACCAAUGAAUAUUGUUUCUUCUGAACAAGAACAAAUGCAGAGUGCAAAUAUUGCACCUGUAUCAGAAAUUAAUGACCAAGAAAACAAUGUGGCAUGCCAAUCUGGUGCGGGAGAUGAAGUUGAAGUGAUACCUCAAAACAACGUAAAUGCAAUUGUGAAAGAAGCUGAACCUGAACAGUGUAUUAAUAAAAAGACUGAUGAUGAUGUACAAGUUUUGGAAGUUGAAGCUAUACAAGAGGAAGCUCUGCAGCACACACCAGAUCAGGAGAAAUCUGAUUCGAUUGAGGUUGUACAAAAUGAACUAUCACUUUCUCAGAAGCUGCUACCUCUACCUCUGUGGUCACCAGAAUUAUCCCAACUGAUGUCAUGGCUUAAAGAUACCCCACCCCUGACAACAUCUCAACUUAAUGAAUUGACUGUUACUAUGUCUGAUUUCCAUCAAGCUCUUCGUCAUGUGCAACCAUCUGCUAAGAGAGAAGGAUUUGCCACUGUUCCUGAUGUGACCUGGGAUGAUGUGGGAUCUCUUGCUAAUGUUAGAGCAGAGUUACAGAUGUGUGUUUUGGCACCAGUAAGAUACGCCAAGCAAUUCUCAGAGUUGGGAUUGAAUUCACCAGCUGGAGUUUUGUUAUGUGGACCUCCUGGUUGUGGGAAAACUCUCCUGGCAAAAGCUGUUGCCAAUGAGGCUGGGAUUAAUUUUAUUUCUGUGAAGGGACCUGAGUUACUGAAUAUGUAUGUUGGAGAAAGUGAACGUGCUGUUCGUCAAGUUUUCCAAAGAGCGAGAAACUCUGCUCCUUGUGUUAUAUUUUUUGAUGAACUGGAUGCUCUCUGUCCAAAGCGAUCAGAUUCUGGUGAUAAUGGUGUUAGUAGUCGAGUAGUAAAUCAACUGCUCACAGAAAUGGAUGGCAUUGAGGGCAGAAAAGCUGUGUUUCUUAUGGCUGCUUCUAACCGACCUGACAUAAUAGAUCCAGCAGUAUUGAGACCUGGUCGAUUGGAUAAAAUUGUUUAUGUAGGCUUGCCUAAUGCUGAAGAUCGCAAAGACAUCUUAAGGGCAUUAACUAAGAAUGGCACAAGACCUGAGUUGUCUUCUGAUGUAAAUCUCGGAGAAAUCGCGGGUAGACCUGUGUUGGAAGGUUACUCUGGUGCUGAUCUUGCUGCUCUUGUACGGGAAGCUGGAGUUCAAGCUCUUCAAGAAUUUAUCCAAACAGAAGACCAAAAAGGACCACUAUGUGUGGCCCUAAGACACUUUAAUUCUGCAGUAGCUAAAAUCAGACCGUCUGUGACUGGAAAGCAAAGGGUCCAUUAUGAGAAACUUGGGGCUCAGUACAACAAAAAUACAUUGGUGAGUGAUAAAUCUGAGACCAUGGACACAGCUUGAUAAUUUUAUGUGUAACUCGUGUUAACUGAUUUAUUACACUUGCUUGUUAUUUGUUAAGUUAAUGUCGUAAUGGUGGCACUUAGGUGUUGAUAUAUUUGUUCUUGUUUGUUUUUUCACCUCCUUGGAACAUUUGAUUAGUUUGGGGGGGGGGAUAAGGAUUUAUCAUGACUGAAUUUUAAUUAAAAAUGAAUAUAAGAUGUAAAUACUAUGCCUAUCACUUCUUUUAAUGAGUUUGACCGUUACUUCACUUUGCCUCACUCAGAAACAUUGUUGUUAGAGCCCAAGGCUCUUUAUGCUUAUUGUAUAUGUAGCUUUCCUGACAAGGGAAGGUUUUCCGGUGAUACAGUCAGAUUUCAAUGGCGCUUCAAGGUGGUGUUGUUUCCAUCCCUAGGUUUUACAUUGGUUUCAGCUGCCCGUAGGGUGUUUCAAGGUCGUUUAAAUUGCUAACUAGAAGAUGAUUUCCUGCAAAAUCUGGGCGCUGUGGCCUAAACGGUUCCGGAGAUAUGUGCAUGCAAAGAUGGCAAUAAAGCAAUCAAAUAGGGGAAUUUUUGAUUUAAUUCGCGCAAAAUGACCUUUAAACUCCUUACGGGCAGCUAAAACCAGUGCCAAACCUUAUCUAGGGUUGCAAACGACUACACUUUAAAGUGCCAUUGAAAUCUGACUGUAUCACCGGAAAACCUUCCCUUGUAAGCCAACAUGUGCAGUAAUCAUGUAGAGUUUAUAUAUUCCAAAUAGUGUAUUAAGAAGUUAUGUACUGUAGUUACUCUCAAUAUCUAUGAAAUUUUUUGAGAAUAAUGAAAUAUAAUCUAUCUUAAGAA